UUGACACAGAGCUAACGCGUACCACCAGUCCAGUCCGUCCAUGCUAGUUGCAAAUCCUGACUACAGUCACUUAGCAGACAUCAACAAUGGCAGAGUGGAAUGCAUACUUCCGGAAUGAGGAUGAGGAUGAAGCACAGGAAGAUGGAGAGCAACCAGAAGGAGAUUACAAGGUCUUAGGGAGAGACAGUUUAGUUUUCUUGGUGGAUGCCUCAAAGGAAAUGUUCAUCAAAGGAGAAGAUGGGGAGCCGUCUAAUUUUGACAUGACCAUGCAAGUCGUGCGCAGUGUGUACACCAGAAAGAUCAUCAACAGUCCUCGAGACCUUAUAGCGUUGGUUUUCUACAGCACCAAGCAGAGCAAAGACCCAACCAACUCUUUCAAGCAUGUCUAUGUCUACCACAGCCUCAGCGAACCUGGUGCAAAGCGAGUGCAGCAGGUGGAUGCACUCCGGGGGGAAAAAGGUGCACAGCUAGCAGCAGAGACCAUGGGCAGCGGUGAUACAUCGUUGUCCGACGCCCUGUGGUGCUGUGCCAAUCUGUACCGGGACUGCAAGCUACGCCUCGGGCACAAACGCCUCCUAAUCUUUACAUGCAGAGAUGGACCACAUGGAGGCGACAGCACCAAAGAUCGACAGGCUCGCACUCAAGCCAGUGAUCUCAAAGAGACCGGCGUCUUCAUAGAUCUAAUGCACUUGAUGAAACCAGGCGGCUUUGACAUCUCCCUCUUCUUUUGUGACGUUAUAAGUCCACCAGAGGAUGAUAGUGAAUUAGGGCUCCAGCUGGAGCCUUGUGCAAAACUUGAAGACCUCCAGAAAAGAGUGCGAGCCAAGGAGAGGAAGAAGAGAACGAUAGCCAGGCUCAAUCUACGUCUCGGUGAGGGCAUAAAUGUGGCAGUGGGAAUGUAUUCCACUGCUGUGACUGUCCGGAAAUCAGCCCCCAUCAAGCUGUACAGGGAGAGCAAUGAGCCAGUCCGCAGCAAAACGCGCACCUUCCAUACACAAACAGGAAGCCUUCUACUGCCCAGUGAGAUAAAGAAAGCACAGGUGUAUGGUAAAAAGCAGAUAGUGAUGGAGAAGGAUGAGGUGGACGCCAUCAAGAAGUUUGACGACCCUGGUUUGUUUCUGAUCGGAUUCAAACCGAUGGAAAGGCUCAAACUGCACCACCAUAUUCGACCCUCUGUCUUCCUCUACCCUGAAGAGGGCGAGGUGCAAGGCAGCUCCCGUCUGUUCUCUGCGCUGAUGACCAAGUGCAUCGAGAGGAACGUUUUUGCUCUGUGCCGAUGCAUUUCCCGCAGAAACUACCCGCCGCGAUUCGUUGCCUUAGUGCCUCAGAAAGAGGAGAUGGAUGAGCGGAAGGUACAGACCACGCCACCAGGUUUUAAUGUCAUCUUCCUGCCGUAUGCUGAUGACGUGCGGAGUCUGGACCCCCCGCAGUUGCCGUGUGCUUCGCCGGAGCAGGUGGACAAGAUGAAAGAGAUUGUCUGCAAGCUGCGUUUCAAAUACAGGACGGAGGCUUUUGAGAAUCCAGUCAUCCAGCAGCACUACAGGAACUUGGAGGCCUUGGCUUUGGAUAUGGUGGCUCCAGAUGACAUAGAGGACCUCAUCAUGCCAAAGGUGGACCAGAUUGACCAUCGUCUGGGUCCUCUUGUCCAGGAUUUUAAAGAUCUGGUCUACCCUGCAGACUACAACCCAGACAGCAAACCAGCUGCCAAACGCAAAACAGCGGAUACUGGCGGUACAGCAGAGAAGAAGCCCAAAGUGGAGGUAUCAGAAGAUGAGCUCAGGAUGUCCAUGCAGAAGGGCACCCUGGGGAAGAUGACCGUGGCUGUGCUCAAGGAAGCUUGUAAGCAGUUUGGCAUUCGCACCACUGGCACCAAGAAGCAAGAGCUAAUAGAUGCUCUGACUGCCCAGCUGGCGUCAUGAGUGCUCACUGUGCUUUCUGUGCAGUGCACAAACUGCCCUCAAACUGGACACCAAGGCUGUUUGGAACAUAGGAUGUAGUUGUUCAUUUUAAAUGGGUGUUGAGGGAACGACAAACAAAGUUUCACUAUUGCUUGCUAGGAUGUAGAGAUGAUACACUUUACGCCAGGGGUCUCCAAACUUUUUCCCACCGAUGUAAGGAUGCAGGAACCACUUUGCUAUUCUUCACCUUUUCUUCGUGAAACACACUACAACCUAAAUCCAAUGUACACUGCUUUAAACGAUUUACAGCACCAAUGUUUCUGUUGUUUAUUUUGGAAAUAAAAAACUUGCAAACACAUUUUUCUGUUUCGGAAUACAUUGUAAGAAAAUACAAAAAUAACCGUGUGUUACCGUGGUAAUUUAUUGUUGUUGUUAUAACGUACAUUUGAAAAUUCACAGAUAACAACUACAAUUAUUAGCAUUAAAAAUACAAUUUUGGUUAAAGAGCUAACGGAAACAAACAUUAUUUUUGGUCAUUAUCGAUGUUCCUAAUGUAGGUCAACUGUGACAUAAGCCUUACAACACAUGCUACACUGUGCUAACUUUUUUCUUCUUUUUUUUCUUUUUUUUUUUUUUUUCCUAAACCUCCCACGGAAUGUUCUGAAGUUGGCCGUCUUUCAUUUUAUUCUCAAAAUAUGCCAUAAGUAAGCCAUAAAUGACCCCAGGGCGACCCCCUGGACACCCGUGCUUUAUGUCUUCAACUC